GUUUAGGACUGGACUGUGAAAUUGAUAUUCAACGUACAGUACAGCGAGUACGUGCACGAAGAUCCGGAAUGGUCCAGACGGAAGCGCAAUAUAAAUUUGUCUAUCUCGCAGUUUUGCAUUACAUCGAGACUGUAUCUCAACGGAUGCAAGCAGAACAGAAAUCACUUCAAUUAGGCAGAGAAUACACCAACAUUCGUUAUAAAAGCGAAACAAAUGCUUCGACUACCGCUAUCGGCGAAACCUCCACUUCCACUUGUAUGCCGACAGUCUCUUCAACAUCAGCACCUAGCUAUAGUUUGAGGCCAAAAUAAUUUUUAUUAAUCAGUUUCACGUACAUUUGGGAAAGCAAAGAAGAGGCUUCGUCAUUCUUCUGCUCUCUCUCUCUCUCUCUCUCUCCCCCCCCUUUCCUCCCCGCUCUCUCUCUCUCCACUCUCUCUUUCUCCCUCCCCCUCUUUAUCUUCUAUUUCUUUGUUACUGUAGAAUGUAGAUAAUAUUACAAGGAGAAUGUAAUAUGAUGUAAUACCCUGAGAUUUGCAGAAGUUUAUUUUGUCAUAAAAAAUUUUGCCUCUCCUAUUAAA